GAAUUCUUAUCUGUACAUACAUUAGGAUCAUGCUCGUAAACAUCUUCCCAGUCCGCCUUGACAAUCAUCCGGAUGGAACGAAUAUUCACUGAUUCUUUUGAAACUCCUCGAGAAACGCAAUUGUAGACACCUUCCUCAUCUUUUGAAACAGCCUUUAAAAAAAUUUAAAAAAAAUGUACAAAUGUUAAUUUCUGACGCGCUCAAGUCAAUGCACCUUGAACUCACCUUCACUGUUAAAUUUCCCGAUAGCACUUCAUAUUUAAAUUUUGCAUUGUCGUACUGAUAAGACGGCCCCACGAAAAUAUUUUUCUCGCCGACGAACCAAAAGAAAAACGUAUGGUCCUCAUCAUUACUGCCACACACCAAAGUAACAGUUUCACCGAAAGGUACUUCAAGUGUCACUUGUUUCGUCGGACUGGCUUUAAUUUUGUGUAACAAAUAUAAGACAAGAGUCAUAAAUAAAACUGUUGUGCUUUGAUUUAUCAUCCACAUGGUUUAAUUACACUCGAGUGAAUCGUGAAGAGGAGGUCAAAUCGAUCCGAUGAAGUCUUACUGAGACUAAUUUAUUUUGAAAAUGUUGCCAUAAUGGCAUCAAGUUCGGCGGCUCCCAAGCAGUCGCAGCCCCCCGCCGGAGUCAAGGAAUACACAAUUAAAGUACCGAAAAACGUCCAGAAACGCUAUCACGUGAUGCGAUUUAAUGGCAAUCUUGAGGUGGAUUUCGCAAAGUGGACGCAGGUCAAGAUGGAAAGAGAGAACAAUUUGAAAGAGUACAAAAGUGUAGAGGAAGAACAACCAAAGUUUGGUGCAGGUUCGGAAUUCGGUCGCGAGGCUAAGGAGGAAGCACGUCGUAAAAAACUGGGAAUAGUUGCUAGAAAAUACCGCCCUGAGGACCAACCCUGGAUUUUGAAGUCUUACGGAAGCACUGUGAAAAAAUUCAAAGGGAUUAGGGAAGGCGGCGUUUCGGAAAAUACAGCCUAUUAUGUGUUUACCCAUGCUGCUGAUGGGGCAAUUGAGGCUUUUCCAUUACACGAAUGGUACAAAUUUCAGCCCAUUCAACGCUACAAAGCUCUAACAGCUGAAGAAGCUGAGCAAGAAUUUAAUAAACGCAAUAAGCAUUUGAACUACUUUUCACUCAUGUUGAGAAAGAGGUUGAAAGGAGAAGAUGAUAAUGAACUCGACGAAGGAGAGGAAAAAGGUAAAAAGAACGCAAAGAAGUCAAAGGAACUGAAAAUAUCUGAUAUGGACGAAUGGAUGGACAGUUCAGAUGAUGAAGGAUCUGAGGAAGAGGAAAAAGAAGAGGAAGAAGAAAAGAAAGAGAAAAAGAAGAAGAAAGGAAAGAAAGUUGAUACCAAAAAGAAGAAGAGAGACACUGAUGUUGAAGCAUUUGAAGAUUCCGAUGAUGGAGACGGCGAGGGACGAGAAUUGGAUUAUAUCAGUGACAGUUCAGAGAGCGAACCUGAAAAUACAAAUCUAGAGAGUGUAGCUGAAGAAAAAGCUUUACGCAAAUUACUAACAUCGGAUGAAGGUUCCGAAAAUGAUUCAGAUAAAUCAGAUAAAGAACAAAGUAAUGAAGACGAAGAAAACAAAGAGAAAGAAAGCGAGAAAACUGAGGAGAGCACUGACAAGGACAAAAAGAAGAAGAAUAAAAAGAAGAACAAAAAAGAGAUUAAAAAGGAAGUAAAGAAAGAGAAAGAGUCAAACAGUGAUUUUAGUUCCGAUAGUAGCACGGAUGAAGAAACGAAAAAGAAGAAAAAUGAAAAGAAAAUGAAAAAAGAAGAGAGGGAAGCAAACAGUGCAAAUAGUUCCAGAUCUGCAACACCAACUGAUAACAAGCGGAAAUUAGUUAAUGAUGUAAUGGCAGGACCGUCUGCAAAAAAACAGAAAUUAGAUUUACCGAAUUACAUUGCUGGCUCGAGUGAGUCUGGAAUCACUGAAGAUGCUGUUAGGAAAUAUUUGAUGAGGAAGCCGAUGACGACAACGGAGCUCUUGCAGAAAUUUAAAUCGAAAAAAACUGGACUUUCUAGUGAACAACUUGUUAAUAUUAUGACACAAAUUUUGAAGAAAAUUAAUCCGGUGAAACAAACACUGAAGGGAAAGAUGUAUCUAUCUAUUAAAUCCUGAUUGAAUGAAAUUGUUGUAAAAAUUUUGUACGUCAAUAAUGCGGAUUUGUAAGAUAAUGGGGAUUGUAAUUAAAUAAUGAUUAAUAAAAAUCUAAAAAAAAAAAAUCU